UUGUCAAAAAUCGUGCCUGAUAAGAAGUAACUUGGCCUUUUUAAUCUUUGGUGUGUCCUAAAUUUAGUAUAGUUGUUCAUUCUUCUGACUGAUAAAAGGGACAAGAUGCGUAUGCUUAUACCUCUGAUUGCAUCUCUUGUGAUAGGCAGUGAUGCUGCCAGUGUGUCAACAUGUAGGAACUCUUACACGUGCGGACAGGGCAUGUGCUGCAGAGCAGCGGACGGAACUGUACUGACCGACCAGCAAAUGGGCGGGUUUGGUCCUCAUUUCUUGCAACCUGGUGCCGGGCAACAGAAUGGCACAUGCAGCACGAGACCUGCUCAGAAAGGAGAGAUAUGCGAUUCAAGCUGUGAAUGUGACACUGGCCUUGCAUGUUACCGUCCUAUGAGCGGGGUAUGCUGUCCACCUAUGAAAUGUUACGAUGAGGCAUAUGUCAAACAACAGCAGGCGUACUGGUCAAAAUGUAUGUCCGACCCGCACUGUGCUCUUCCACCAUAAAUUGCAACAAACUACACGCGUUAAUAAAAUCAUUCUGAAAGCCAAA